AUGGCUCCCUCGGACGAGAAGCUCGAGACAGAGCUCCUCAAUGCUGUUCGCGAUAUCUGGAAGUCCGAUAGAGAACAACUCACCGUAAACUUUAUCCGAAAACGCGUCGAAGACGAUCUUGAUCUGGAAGAUGGCUUCUUCUCGUCUGGUAAAUGGAAGGAUAAGAGCAAGAAACUGAUCAAGGAGCUUGCUGCUGAGCUUCUCGAAAACAAUACCGCACCCGAAGCGAAAUCAUCUCCAGCUCCGGAAGACGCAAAACCUACAAAGUCUGGCAAGCGCCAAUCGACCGAAGCAUCUCCGCCGUCGAAGCGCAGAAAGCGUACAUCUGGCGCCAAAGACGCAAAUAUCGAGGAUGAAGAGUCGCAGAAUGAGAAAUCGAAACCGAAGAAGGCUGCCGGCCGGAAAAAGUCGCGUGCCACGGUUGACUCUGAGGACGAGCUGAGCCCUGCCAAGGCAAAGCCUGUCAAAAGCCGAAGCGGGCGCGCAGACAAGGUGGAAAACAGCGACUCAGACGCGUUGACUACGCCGCCCGAGAGCGAGGACGAGAAGGAUGAUAACGAAGAGGAAAUAUCACAAGACAAGGAGGCAAAACCGUCUUCCAAGGCUUCGGUCACAAAAGAGAAACCCGCCGCAGAAUCUCACAAAGCGGACGAAUCUUCCAAGAAGGAUGCCGAAUCUGCCAAUGAAAAGAAGACAGAACAGGCAGCACUCGACGACACGUCCAGCGAAUUAUCUGAUGUCAUAGAUGAGCCGCCCAAACCAAAACGAAAGAAGAAAGAGACUGGAAAGGCACCGAAGGCGUCCAAGCAGAAAAAAGCGCCUGCAACUUCUGACAACCCGGAUGAUGCCGAGAUUAAGAAGCUGCAGUCUCAAUUGGUCAAGUGUGGCGUGCGCAAGAUUUGGGGUUUCGAGCUGAAGCAAUACGGAGACAAUUCGAAAGCGAAAAUUAAGCAUCUCAAAGACAUGCUCAAUGACAUUGGCAUGGACGGCCGCUUCUCAGAAGCCAAGGCACGGGAGAUCAAAGAGCGCAGGGAACUAGAGGCGGAUCUUGAGGCAGUCCAAGAGAUGAAUGCCAAUUGGGGCGCCGGAGGUCGAGCAUCACGGAGCAAGGCGCGUGGACAACCUGCGCAGGUUCAAAAAGAUGAUGCUGCCGAGGAAGAAAAGGGCGACGAGGAAGACGAUGACGAGGAUGAAGAGGAUGCUGUUGUGUCAUCGCGUGCACGAGGCAAGGCGCGGGCUGACCUCGCCUUCCUCGGUGACGAUGACGAGGAAUCGGAUUGA